AUGCUGCACCGCGUCGUGCUUCUCGCCGCCCUCCUCCCCUUCGCGUUGGCGUUCGGAAACUUCUUCAACUUCCCCUUCGGCCAGCAGCAGCAGCAGCAGCAGCAGCAACAACAGCAGCAGCGACCUCGUCGCGAGUACCCUGGCUGGGACCUGUUGCAUGACGUGCACUGCCGCGCAGGUUACGUAUGUACCGGUAGCCUCGUUUGCGUGCCCACACCAGCUGACUGCCCAUGCCCUUACCCCGAGGACACCAAGUGCGUGGUCCCCGAUAACAGGGAACGCGACGAGGGAGAAGGUCCACCGUUCGUGUGCGUCCGCGGGGAUUGCGACGACGUUGUCCGCUUUUCGCGUGCGAUAUAA